AUGGUGGGACAAUCGACACUGUCUGCUCAGCGUGGUUCACUCGGACGCACGGUGGCCCUGAUCGCUGUUCUCUACCAAUGUCACACUCUUUUUACAGAGGGAGACUCCCCCAAAGAGCGAUUCAUCUUCUCAGCUCACACCAUUUUAGUCCCUCUCAGUAACUCUGCAGAGACAGGUUGGAGCUGCCUACCAAAGUUUCUAACACCCGCCAUGUCACCCUCAAAAGCCAAGCCAGUUGUUUUGUCUUCGGGUGCGAUUUCAUCUCUGCCUCCUGAAUCAUUCCCCGACCCUUCGCAUGGCGAACUCACCUGGCGCACUCUGUUUACUCAACCCAACACUCCCACCACUGAUCUUUCGGCCGGAAUCGCAGUCUGCCCUCCACACACGGGACAUCUCUGUGCCCAUCGCCAUACUCAAGCCGAGUUAUAUUAUGUUCUGGAAGGUCGAGCGACGGUGACAAUCGACGGGCAGCCGCACCAAGUCGAUAAGGGCACCGCCGUGUUCAUCCCGGGAGAUGCGGAGCACUCGGUCAUGAAUAACAGCAACCAGGAAUUUAAGUGGCUCUAUGUCUUCCCAGGUGGAAGUUUUGGGGACGUGGUUUACCGCUUCUCCGAAAAGGCCAAGCUGUGA